ACCCGAAAACAAAAAGCCCAAUUCAUUCUACCUUGGUUAAUAAUUGGGGCAAAUCUGCAUUACUACUUGAAUCGAUUUGAAAAUACGAUUUACAUUCGAUAUUUAAAAAUCAUGUAUCAUCCAUCCCGAGGAGGCGUUCGUGGUGGCCGUGAUCAAUUUAGCUGGGAUGAUGUAAAGGCCGAUAAACAUCGAGAGAACUACUUGGGUCACAGCCUUAAGGCACCUGUUGGAAGAUGGCAGAAAGGGAAAGAUCUACACUGGUAUGCAAGAGAUAAAAAGUCUAAAAGCUUGAAUAUGGAGGCUGCACAAGAGGAAAUUCGAAGGAUUAAGGAAGAGGAGGAGCAGGCUAUGAGGGAGGCUUUGGGCUUAGCUCCCAAGCGUUCUUCACGACCUCAAGGCAAUCGACUUGAUAAGCAUGAAUUUUCAGAACUUAUUAAAAGAGGAUCUACAGCAGAAGACUUGGGAGAAGGGCAUGCUGAGGCAGUCCAGGUCCAAGGUUUUGGUUUUUCCAGAACACCUAAAAGUUUAGAAGAAUCAGGAUCGUUGAAAGCUAAUCUGAAUGCUGAGACACUCCCUCCAUCAAGAAAACAUGAAGAAGAGGUGGAUGAUGAAAGUGCACGAAAGAAAAGGAAGCAUGAAGAGAAGAAACAGGAGAAGCAUGAAGAGAAGAAACAUGAGAAGCAUGAAGAGAAGAAACACGAGAAGCAUGAAAAGCGUGAGAAGCGACGUACCCGUGCUUCAGUUGACAAAUCGAAACAUUCUCGUGAUUCUGAUGACAGGAGGAAGCACAAGAGAGACAAGGAAAGAAGACGACAUGAUUCUGACUAAACCAUUGUAGUUUUAAACGUACAUCUUGUGUCUUCCUACUAUUACAUGUACUAUACUUUGAUGUUCCAAAACAAUGUUUAUUGUUAUUAUUCAUCUGCCACAGCGCGGUUUAAAUA